UAUAAAUAUUAUAUAUAAAUAGCUUUACAGUCGUUGUUAAGAUCGUCAGUUCUAGCUGAAAACUGAAGCGGUUAGGAUGAACGAUCUGAAAUAUCUCUGGAUCGGCCUAUGUCUGGUUUGCCUUCUGGGAAAUGCCCGGGCUAGCUGUUAUAUCAAUAAGGGCGACUUGUCAUCCAACUACCUAUUCUUUAGCAUCGAGAACGGUGUCUACGAUAUUUUGCACAGCGACAAUGUGGCCACCAAUCAUGCAGUGUAUUUGCUUUGCGGCGAUUCAAGACAGCCCAUUCAGUUAGUUUGUCAAGCCAAUGGAUUGUUUAAAUCGCAAUUUCCCAAUGUACAGUGCUCAAAGGUGUUUAAAACAACUGUGGAGAUGGUACUAGAUCCCUCUUGUCAUUACGAGAUGUUCCGCGUGGGUUACAAAUACCAGAACCAUUUUAUGGAAGUCUACCGAAGUUGUUACGACAGUUUGAGAUACGCAGCGCAAUUCUCCGUCAACAAGGUGUACCCCAGCAGAAACUCCGCCACUCGUCAGCCUUCAAGCUUUACCACCGAUGGAGCGAUGACCGGAAGCGAUGCUUUCGCGUACUUUUACUCACGAAUUUAUCAACGUUUCGAAAAUGUUCUGGGUCCAAGACAGAAUUAUGUGAAAAACAGAUUACCCAACCUCUUCGAUCACGGCCACCUGACACCAAAUGGCGACUAUUCCUUCGAUCAGCUCCAGAAAUCGACCAACAAACUGAGGAAUGUUGUCCCCCAAUAUUCCAACGUGAAUAUAGGCAACUGGAAGAACAUCGAGGCCUGGGUAAAACGAUUGCUGGUCAACCGAAACUACGAUGUCCUAAAGGUCUGCACAGGUGCAUUGGGAGUGCACGAGUUGCAAGCCAAAAGUGGUAUGAUGACCCCCAUGUAUCUGUUGGAUAACAACAGAAUCCCCAUUCCCAAGUGGAUGUACAAAAUCGUUAGUCACAUCUCGGGACAACAAUGGGUGGUGUUAACCUACAACGACGGACUAACCAGAACACAACCGAACCCAAGUUCGUUCUGCAAUAUAGUCAGAUGUGACCCCGAUCUGAACCUCAGAGGUGUGGGUUUCUCGAUCUGCUGCAGGCCCUUCGAUUUUAUUCAAAAAAAUGUUCCACAUUUGACUGGUGUUUGCUAAACGAGCUAUUGUCAUAAUUAAUAUACAUUCAAAGAAAUCAAAUAUUUACCCGAGUAAAAUGUUUGUUCUCCGUAAUAUUUUUGCAAGCGAA